UCCCGCUGCUCAGUUUCGUUUCCUCGCGGGCCUCCGGCAGUCGUUUCCCGGCCGCGGCCGCCGUUCCAUCGCGUACCUUCCCGUCCCGCAGGAGCGCCAUGGCGGAGCUGGUCCCCCUGGCCGAGGAGCUGUCGUGCUCCAUCUGCCUGGAGCCCUUCAAGGUGCCGGUCACCACCCCGUGCGGCCACAACUUCUGCGGCCCGUGCCUGGACGAGACGUGGGCCGUUCAGGAUCCGCCGUAUCUGUGCCCGCAGUGCCGCGCCGUCUACCACGCGCGGCCGCAGCUGCGCAAGAACACGGUGCUGUGCGCGGUGGUGGAGCAGUUCCUGCAGGCCGAGCAGGCCCGGGCGGCGUCCCCGCCCCCCGACGGCUGGAAGCCGCCCGCCCGCGCCGCCGCGCCCAGCCGGGCGGUCCCGGUGGCCUGCGACCACUGCCUGAAGGAGCCCGCCGUCAAGACGUGCCUGGUGUGCAUGGCCUCCUUCUGCCAGGAGCACCUGCAGCCGCACCUCGACAGCCCCGCCUUCCGGGACCACCAGUUGCAGUCCCCCGUCCGGGACCUGAUGCGCCGCAAGUGCCCCCAGCACAACCGGCUGCGGGACUUCUUCUGCCCCCAGCAUGACGAGUGCAUCUGCCACAUCUGCCUGGUGGAGCACAAGGCCUGCUCGCCUGCGUCCCUGAGCCAGGCCAGUGCCGACCUGGAGACCAAGCUGAAGCAUAAGCUGACUGUCAUCUACAGCCAGAUCAACGGUGCCUCGAGGGCGCUUGAGGACGUGCGAUCCAGGCAGCAGGAUGUGCGGGAGGCUACAAAUCGGAAGAUGGAGCAGCUUAGACAGGAAUACAUGGAAAUCAAGGUGCUCAUUGAUGCCGCAGAGGCCACCUCCACUCGAAAGAUAAAGGAAGAGGAGAAGAGGGUCAAUGCCAAGUUCGACAACAUUUACCAGAUCCUUCUCAAGAAGAAGAGUGAGAUCCAGGCUCUGAAGGAGGAAGUUGAACUUGCCCUGACCAAGGGGGAUGAGUUUGAGUUUCUGGAGAAAGGGAUAAAACUGCAAGGUGUCUCCACAAAGCCAGUCUACGUCCCCAAGGUGGAGCUGAAUCAGGAGCUGAUAAAGGGUGUCUGUCAGGGCACCUCAGACCUCAAAGACGAGCUGAAGCGGUAUAUUAGGCAGUCCCAGGACAAGAAGCCUGAGGAACCCACUGGCUCAGGGAACUCUGGAGAGCAUGGCCCAGCAUCUACGCCCAAACCCAUACACUUUUCGAAAAAGCUCCUGAAAGAAGAAAAGAGACCCAAGAAACCUUCCCCUGCCUCUGCCUCAACCACCAAGAUGCCCACGUUCGGAGCCCCGGAGCAGUUACAGGAUCUAAAGCAGCCCGGCCCGGAGAGUGUAGGCAAAGCCACCACCACGCAGCUGAAUGCGGCGGCCCUCAAGGCCAAGGUGCUGGAGACCUUCUUAGCCAAGUCCAGGCCCGAGCUCCUGGAGUAUGCCAUUAAAUUCAGCCUGGACUACAACACUGCCCACAACAAGGUGGCUCUGUCGGAGAACUACACAGUCGCCUCUGUGGCCGACUCAUCCCUGAACUACCAGCCCCAUCCCAAGAGGUUCGUGUACUGCUCUCAGGUUCUGGGCCUGCACUGCUACAAGAAAGGGAUCCACUACUGGGAGGUGGAGCUGCAGAAGAGCCACUUCUGUGGGGUGGGCAUCUGCUACGGCAGCAUGCCACGCCAGGGCCCCGAGAGCCGGCUCGGCCGCAACAGUGCCUCGUGGUGCGUGGAGUGGUUCAACACCAAGAUCUCUGCAUGGCACAACAACGUGGAGAAGACGCUGCCCUUCACCAAGGCCACGCGGGUCGGUGUGCUUCUCAACUGUGACCAUGGCUUCGUCAUCUUCUUUGCUGUCACCGACAAGGUCCACCUGAUGUAUAAGUUCAAGGUGGACUUCACGGAAGCCGUAUACCCGGCCUUCUGGGUGUUCUCUGCCGGUGCCAUGCUCUCCAUCUGCUCCUACAAGUAGGCAGGCCCCGGACGCGGGCCUUUGCGGGCCCCAGACUGUGGGGGACGGAGCUGCAGGGGGACCUCUGAGGGACCAGGGGUUGAAAGUGUGGGAGGGGAUCUGGUGGGAGGCUGGGGCCGGGGGAUGGGGUAAGAGGAGAGAUCUGGCCAGGGGAGGGGAUGGGGGUGAUUGCGUGGUGGGCCAGGAAGCAUUGCCACCUCCUGGUGCCCAUCAGGGCAGGGUGACCUCCUCCCCCUUGUUCUGGUAGGUCUCUGGCUGCUGGCAGUGGGACUGGGCUUUGGGGGGUAAAAUCGUUAGCUCCCUUUCCUCUUGGAACCUGUAGCCACUGUGCGCUCCUCAGGCGACGUGGUGUGAGCCCCUUUGCUCUCUGGAUCAGCCUUCGGAUCUUAGCAUUUUGAUUCUUCCCUAUAGGGCUAUUCAACUCAAUGGAUUGUUUAAAAAUUCCAAAGUAAUUGAAUUUCAAUUAUUCACCCCCCUUCCACUCCACCUGCCCACAUGUAUGUGGGCAUUCGGGUGUAUGCUCAGACCCUGGUUGUUUUCUGUCCUUAAGAGAAACUACCCAUGGCAGGUCUCCACCCAGAUCAGAGUUGCUGGAAGGAGUGUGUCCUCUCCCUUCACUGGCAAAUAGCCCUGCUCCCCUUCCUCUCCUUGGACCUCACACCCCGUCGAUGGCUUUCAAAUGUUCAGUGCAAUAGGAGACUUUUCAGGCUAAGGUUUUGAAUCAGCCUUUGUGGAAUUUGUGAUUCAAGGUCAAGGUGACCCAGGUCCCACAGAUGCAAACCCCUCCCAUUUCCCACUCUUGGCUGACAUUCUUUGGCUGUACCCACAGAGCCUUGGGGAGGCCUCCUUCCCAUAGCUUAGGCUUUGGGGCAAGGAACUCCACGGGGCAAGAGCGAACCUGCUCUGGGUUGACAGAGCGUGGUGGUUUUGCUCUUGUAGAGUGUCGUCUUGCCUUCUUACUGGUAACUGGGCUCCAUGGUAGCCUCUCCUCCCCAGGACUGUGAGAUCCUGGACUGGCUGGUGGAGAUCCCACGGUGGCCAGCACAGUUGAGUGGACAGCUAGGCUUGCUGUCCGUAGCCUGUAAUCACACGGACAGGUCGUGUGGGGCAGCCUCACGACCACGCUAGCUCACCUGCUGGGGUGACUACCUGUGGCCCAAAGCAUCUUCUGGCAGGUCCUAGGAAACGUCAGCAUUCUUGUUUACCCCUGGCCACAGGCUGCGCACCUGGGGCUGGCCCUCACGGGAGUCAGAUGCCCGCCACUGGCUCUAGCCCCUUCUCUUUGCCUCCUUGGAGCUAAUUCCAGAUGGGGGGGUUAACCAGGCUAGGGGAGCCAGAGACCUUAAGGGCCAGGGAGAGAACACGCUACAGGGCUCAAGCACAAGGGGCUAACUUUCCUGCAGUGCUUCUGUGCAGUGAAAAUAACCCCAGUCCAUGAAGGGGAAGGAAGGAAUGGACUGCCAGAAUUUCCCAAGCUCCUUAUAUCCUGAUGUUGUUAGGAUAUAAAUUCCCAAUCCAAAAGUGGGAGGAAUUUAGCCUCCUGUUGGUGAAACGAAUCCUGCUCUGGACUUUCCUAAGACGGGGAGCUCAGAUCAGGCUCUUCGCGGUAUAAAAAAGAGGUCACCAUUGGGGACGUGGGGACUCCAGACCUCUUCUAUGAAUAUUUGAGAAUGUAACACAUCUCUGGCCUUGCACUGGAAUUCCGGGGCGCUCCGGUUGAGCCCCGAGCCCUGGAAAUUCCUGAUGGGUGUGUUGAUCUGUGUCGUCCCCCGGCAAGGACUUCCACUUCCUUGGAAGGGAGAUCAUCUUUGUAGGGAAGAGAUCCCUGCAGUAGCCGAGAUGUGUUUUUUUUUUAAGUGUUCUUCCUUUGAUCCUGGGAAGAAGAGUUCUUUGGUGAUUCUUCUCUGCUGUUGGCCCAGGUCAAAAGCAUCUUCAUUGAUCCUCUGAAACAAAAGCCUUGCCUGAAGCCCAUUUGGCUUGGGAGACAGCUGGGCUGAGGAGGAGAACGCUGGCGGGGAAUCCGUGGGUCCUGCUGUGGCUCUCUUCUGUGGACCUCAGAGCAACAGAGCGCACUUCCCCCGCGUGUUGUCCCGGCCUCGGGAUGGGGCGGAUACUUCCCUCUGUGUGAGAGAGGCAAGUGGGUAGCCCACACUGAGCUCUGUGCAAGGGGCUCUGGAGAUGGAAACCCUUGCUGUCUUGAGCCAUCCUGUGUGCGUAUGGGAUGGUGGGACGUAAGUUCCCUCGCCACUGCCGAGUGCACAGUCCUCAAAGUUGGGGCAACUUUGUAUUCAUCUGAUUUCUUGUUUUGCAAAAUCAGUCAGGUGAGGAGGUAUUGGAUUCCUCUGCUCACUACUCUUGCCAUCUAGGAGGAGAUGCCUCCUAGAUGCUCCCUGGUGCCCUGGGGAAGAGUCAGAAAUCCCCAGAAACACAAACAGAAAACUACGACCCCAGAUGCAGGUGUCAGGGACUGACUCAGUCACUCUGGCACGAGCAGGUCAGGGUCAGGUGUUUGUAUUAUUCAAGACCGGUCAGUGCUCUGGUUUAAUUACUCUGAAAUGGAUCUGCGACCUGUAACUAAUAUUGGGACAUCAUUUCUUUAUCCUGCCUCCCCCCCCACUAUUGACUUUAGUUAAUUCAGAGUAUUUGAGCUAUUAUUUCAUGAGCUGAUUUUUUUAAGGAGUCGACUCUUCAGGAGACCAUUAGGGCUGUAGGCACCGAUCUUUUGAAACCGACAAGAACUACUAGGGCUAAGGCUGGUUGACCUACCUUAGAAUCUGUGAAUGUAACAAAGUGGUAUCUGGUACUUUUUCUUGCAGCCCAGACAUUGUAUGCAUUGUCUACACACACUGAAAAGUAUAGCACUUCCUGAGUUCUGGGAGUUCUCGUGAAUUUUGUUUUUGUUUUGUUUUCGUGAAUUCUUGAGCCCGAGGGAAGUCCUGUGUCAUAGACUGGAUGUUUCUGUUGCUUCAACAAUCAUAUGUUGAAACCUAACCCUCGGUGCGAUGGUAGGGUUGGGGGGAUUAGGUCAUAAAAGCAGAGCCCUCAUGAAUGAGGUUAGUGCCCCUAUAAAGAGACUCCCGUAGAGCUCCCUCACCCCUUCAGCCAUGUGGGGACAUAGCAGGAAGACAGCUCUGAACCAGGAGGCCGUUCCUCACCAGACUUUGAAUCAACCAGCCCUGGAUCUUGGCUGGAUCUUCCAGCCUUCAGAACUGUGAGAAAUAAAUGUUUGUGAGUUAAGCCACCCAGUUUCUGGUACUUUUGUUACAGCAUCUCAGACUAAGACACCACAGGAGCUGCACAGCUGAAUAAAGGAAGUGCUUCUGUGCACUGGAAUUCCGGGCGCUCCAGUUGAGCCCCGAGCCCUGGAAAUUCAUUUGAAAUGGAGUUGGGAGGCACCUGGAUGGCUCAGUUGGUUAAGCGUCCAACACUUGGUUUCAGCUCAGGUCAUGAUCUCAGGGUUGUGGGAUUGAGCCCCGCCUCGGGUCCCAUGCUCAGCACGGAGUCUGCUUGUCCCUCUCCCUCUGCUCCUUCCCCUGCUUGGGCUCCUUCUCUCUUUCUCUCAUAAAUCUUUUUUAAAAAAAUGGAGUCGGGAGGCUGGAAGGGGGAGCUCUCAUGCUGUACCACUCCUUGCAGCCCUUUGCAGACCCAGUGGGAAGAGAAUACCUUGCAUUGGCAACAGCCCUGCAUACUCCCCUCUCGUAUGGGUCCAAGAAGAGUGGCUGACCAUUCAAUCUGUCACACUUCACUACCGCAGCAGGAGGAAGAGAGAUUUUCUCCUUCCCCGGCAACAGCCCAGCCAAUGAGAGACCAUUACAACUCAGCUGGUGAAAAGCCAUUACACUUGGAACUCCCAGUUGACGCCAACGGACUUUUGUUUAUAACAGCCCUCCCAAACCCCACCCCACCACCUUUGCACUAUCAAAGAAUGUUCCUCCCUUCUGCUCUCAGGACUUGUGUGUAGUUUUGCCAUGACUUGUGUGUCCCAAAUUGCAAUUCUCUGCUAUUCCUGAAUAAAUCUAUUUUUACUGGUAAUAUAACUUUCAUUUUCAAGGUUAGCAUUACCUUCUGGAUUUGCCAGUCAGAAGUGUCGGUGGCCUGGGGACCCCCGAAGUGUGGCUGCUGUCUGACGCAAGGGCAGUCCUGUUGGGACAGUGUCCCCCAGCCUGUCGAAUCCAAACUCCAGGCUGUUAGCAGAAUUGUGUCACCGUGCACCAUGUGCUGUCAGCACAGAGGUGGUGGGACUGUUUCUUUUUAAGAUUUUAUUUUUUGACAGAGCACACCUAGGCAGAGCGGCAGGCAAAGGGAGAGAGAGAGAGGCAGGCUGCCCGCUGAGCAGGGAGCCCGGUGCGGAGCUCGAUCCCAGGACCCUGGCAGGCAGACACUUAACCGACUGAGCCACCCAAGUGCCCCAUCUUUUUGGUUCUUUAUAAGGAAUUCCAUCUCUCUGUUUACAGUGCCCAUCGUCCCCGUAUGCCAUCUACUUUAUCUCUCGAAGCCCUUAGCUAAUUAAUUAUAGUUGUUUUAAAUUCCCAGCCUGAUAAUUCCAACAUCCCUGCCAUGUCUGCUCUAUCUCUUCAGAUUGUGUUGUUUGCCUUUUGGCAUGCUUUGUAACUUUUUCUGGCUAGCCACACUCGGCGUGCUAGGUGAAGGUGAAAGGAAUUGCUGUAGAUAGGCCUUUGGUGUGUGGGGGGGGAGCCAUGUUCCGUAGCCCUGUGAUGAGAUCUCAGCCUUGGGUGAGGCCCCGCCUCUGGGCUGUGAGCCUCACAAGUAUUUCUCGGUUUUAUUCUGCUCCCCCCAAGUAGAACAGGAUGGCUAGAGGGGUCUGGAAUGGGCUGUUUCUCUGCCCCCAGAUCUGCUAGGCUCUGAUAAAACCCCAGCAGGGUAGGCUGUGGUUAAAUAGUUUCUCCUGAGGACAGGCCUUGUUAAGAAGAGCAGAGUGACUUGCUGCAUUUCAAAAUGGUCCCUCUUCCCCCUACCUCCUGGAAGCUCAAGAGGAUUUUUCUCCAGUAUUUGCUGUGGGAACCUGAGUGAGCUCUUGGAGGUAAAUCUUCACAAUGUGGUGGGAGUCCCCCUAUGACUGGGCCCCUUGGAGUUUUUAACCUUCAGAGUCAUCUACCCGAGCCUCCAGCAGUUCAUCAGUUACACUCCAGGUGUUUCUACUCCAGCAGUGGUUCCAUUGGUGAGUCUCUGCCUUCAGAAGUCAUGAUUCCUUGUUUGUCGUCUGUGUCUCCAAUCUUGGGGACAGCAGUUGGCCCUGCGUACUCCCCUCUCGUAUGGGUCCAAGAAGAGUGGCUGAUCAUUCAAUCUGUCAGCUUUGUACUUACUGUUAGGAGGGAAUUGCACCUUCCAAGAUUCCUAUGUGUGGACCUCCAUGCUUUCAUUUUUAUUCAGUUCAAAAUACUUUUAGUUUCCCUUAUUUCUUCUUUGACCCAUCAGUUAUUUAGAAGUGUGUUUUUUAAGUUUUUACGUAUUUGGGGGGUUUUCCAGAUAUCUUUCCGCUAUUGGCUUUUAAUUUAAUUCCACUGUGGUCUGAAAUAUACUUUGCAUUGUUUGAAUUGUUUGAAAUUCAGCAAGUUUUGAUUUAUGACUCAGAAUAUGAUCUAACUUGGAAAAUGUUCAUGUGCACUUGAAAAGAUUGUGUAUACUGCUGUUGCUGGGUGGAGUGUUCUAUAAAUGUCACUCGGUCAAGUUGGUUGAUAGUGUUCAAGUCCUUUAUUUAUAUCCUUACUGAUUCAUGUUUACUUGUUGUAUCAGUUAUUGGGAGAAGGGUGUUAUAAUCUUUGACUAAAACCGUGGGUGUAUUUACUUUCUUUUUUAUCAGUCUUUGUUUUAUGAAAUUUGAAGCUCUCUUAUUAAGCACCUAACUAUUUAGGAUUUUUAUGUCCUUUCGUUGAGGUGACCCUUUUAUCCUUAUGAAGCAACCCUUUAUGUCCCUGCUAAAAUUCUUUGCUCUGGAAACCACUUGUCUGAUAUUAAUAAAGACACUCUAGCUUUCUUUUGA